UUUCCCUUCUCUUCAUAACGGAAUAAUCCAAGGGCCGAAAAAGAUAGAUGAAAAGUUGCAUUGUAAAUAGUUGUAGCCACAUCGUUUUACCCACUUUAUAUUUGUACCCGUCGCACACCACGUGUCACUGAGGAACUACUUUUUUAACGGAUUUACAAACGUUUUCCAAACCGUCGAGGAAAGUUUAACUGGUGUGGACUCUCCGGUACCACUCUGUGCUUCCUUCUCUCUUCUGCCGUCAUUCUCGGCUCAUCCUCGCGUGAGCGCAUGAGCACGGCCGGGCCUCCUGCUGAUGUGAGCGCCGCAACGAACCUAUAGCAAUGUGUGAUAAUGGAGACCCCGAGGACAAACCCCCCGCCCCUCCGGUCAGGAUGAGCAGCACCAUCUUCAGCACCGGCUCCGGCAAAGACUCCCUCUCGGCCAACCACAGCUCUAAACCGCUGCCCUCGGUGCCCGAGGAGAGGAAACCUCGCAACAAGAUCAUCUCAAUCUUCUCUGGGGCGGAAAAAGGUGGUAGAAAGAAAGAUCGAGACAAAGAGCGACCAGAGAUCUCACCACCUUCAGAUUUUGAACACACCAUACAUGUUGGGUUUGACGCUGUCACGGGGGAGUUCACUGGCAUGCCAGAGCAGUGGGCUCGACUACUCCAGACCUCAAACAUCACCAAGUCGGAGCAGAAGAAGAACCCACAGGCCGUGCUCGACGUCCUCAAGUUCUACGACUCCACCGGCAACGGCCGUCAGAAGUACCUCAGCUUCUCAUCUUCUGAAAAAGACGCAUUCACUCCAGGGCCUCAGUCUCCUGUGAAAAAAGGCGGCGAGCCGUCUUCUCCGGACAUCAAAGACAUCGACGACGACGACGAUGAAACUCCUCCUCCGAUUGUGGCCCCGAGACCGGAGCACACGAAGAGUAUGUACACUCGCUCCGUCAUCGAGCCCAUCCCCGCUCCGAGCUCGUGUCCAGAGGGAGACGCUGCCUCGAAGGCUGCGGACAGACAGAAGAAGAAGGGCAAGAUGACGGAUGAGGAGAUCAUGGACAGACUGAGAACGAUAGUCAGCAUCGGAGAUCCCAAGAAGAAAUACACCAGAUAUGAAAAAAUCGGUCAGGGGGCUUCAGGAACCGUGUUCACAGCCAUCGAUGUGGCCACGGGACAAGAGGUCGCCAUUAAACAGAUCAACCUGCAGAAGCAGCCGAAGAAGGAGCUGAUCAUCAACGAGAUUCUAGUGAUGAAGGAGUUGAAGAACCCAAACAUCGUCAACUUCGUAGACAGUUUCCUGAUGGGGGAGGAGCUGUUUGUGGUGAUGGAAUAUCUGGCUGGAGGCUCGCUGACAGACGUGGUCACAGAGACCUGUAUGGACGAGGCUCAGAUAGCCGCUGUCUGCAGAGAGUGUUUACAAGCGUUGGAGUUCCUGCAUGCGAACCAGGUCAUUCACAGAGACAUCAAAAGUGACAAUGUGUUACUUGGGAUGGACGGCUCCGUGAAGCUGACCGACUUUGGCUUCUGCGCCCAGAUCACUCCGGAGCAGAGCAAGCGCAGCACCAUGGUGGGAACGCCUUACUGGAUGGCUCCGGAGGUGGUGACCAGAAAGGCUUAUGGGCCCAAAGUGGACAUCUGGUCACUGGGUAUCAUGGCCAUUGAGAUGGUUGAAGGAGAGCCUCCCUACCUGAACGAGAACCCACUACGAGCUUUAUACCUGAUUGCCACAAACGGCACACCUGAGCUCCAGAACCCGGAGAAGCUGUCUCCGGUCUUCAGAGACUUCCUCAACCGUUGUUUGGAAAUGGACGUGGAGAAAAGAGGAGGAGGCAAAGAGCUGCUGCAGCAUCCGUUCCUGAAGUUGGCGAAGCCGCUCUCCAGCCUCACGCCUCUCAUCUUGGCAUCCAAGGAGGCCAUGAAGGCUAACCGUUAGCUCAUGAAGGCUAACCGUUAGCUCAUGACGCUAGCCACCCUGCCCUUCCCCAUUGCUGUGCACAGAUACGUGCCAACCGUUUUAGAAUUAUUUUUGUUGUGCCAGACAAUAGGCUGAGAGUGACUCUCCACUCAUGAAGCACCAGCCUUAAGAAGCCCUGACAAACCUCACUGUGAAGAAGACCAAAAAGAAGAAACGUGGAGCACAACUCCACCGCUGUCCAUAUGAACUCUGUCCUCACUCAGAUGUCAGAAGUCAAACUGAAGUGCUUAGUUUCUGAGUCGGGCGUAGUUAUUUUGUACAACAGAUCUGGUGACAAGUUAGAGCUCGUGUUUAACUUGGAAUGAAGAAGAUGCCUAGUUCUAUUUUAGUUUGUUUGUUUUUUAAUCAACUGCCUUAAACAAAUGCAAAACGUUGCCUAAUGUAUUGUUGAUUGUGUCGAAGUUUCUCUUCCUGUGAUUUUUACUACCUUUGUAAUUUACCUUCUCAGCUUCUUAGUUUAUUUUGAUACUUGAAUUUCAUAUUUGUCCCUUUUCUUGUGAUCUAGUUGGUCUCAUUCAAUGAACACUAUUUGCUAUUUCCACAUCGUGUUUUAUGGACAUUUUCUCCGUUUUUGUUUUUAUAGGAAACAUUUAUGUACAUUCGUCAUCAUGAACACACCUAACAGACCCCCCCCCCCCCCCCAUUAGUUUCCUGAUACCAGAGCUGCACCUUACAGGCAAACGUUUAACAUGUUAGAUUGACAGGGUUUAUACUCUCUUCUCUAUUGUUAUUAAAAAAUGAGUAUUGUA